AAUAUUGUGCGUAAAAAUGUUUCAAAAUAAAAACAAACCAGCGAAUUCUCUCAAAUUUUCGUGAAAAUCGUGAAAAUUAAGCUAGAAAACCAUGCAGGAACCAUCUCAACCUAAAUUCAAAAGAUCCUCAAUGAUGCCCAGCAGUGUUGGGAGCAAGAAACGAAUGUGGAAAUCACUGAAACAAAUACUUACAAGUGAAAGAAAUCUUCAGUGGAAGAAGGAUGCUGUGACUUACUCCUCCAUCAAUCCCCCGCCGUCUUUUAAGCCUGUCAAGAAGUAUUCAGACAUCUCUGGGCUCAUUGCACUGUACACAGAUCCCCAGACAAAGCUACACUACCACAAUUCUGAGGAAUUCUCCACUGUUCGGAGUCUCCCGUCUGAUCUCACAUCAGGUUAUCUCGCUCUCCGUGGUGCCACCAGCAUUGUGGGCUAAAAAACACUUUAAAAAAAUAAGAUUUUGUAGUUUUUAAUUUAUUUUGUAAGAGAAUUUUUAUUAAAAAAAAUGAUUUGGCGGUGAGAGGAGGUUGGAAGUGAAAAUUUGUUACGCAUAAGGACAAAUGAUGAACUUAAAGACUUUUACAAGAAACCGCUCAUAACAGCUGAAAAUGCCCUAGAAAUUACUGAACCUUAACCUGAUAGGGCCAAGAGUGAGAGGUAAGCCCAGAGAAAGGAAUCUACACAGGAGGUUGACAAGGAAUCAUAAAGGAUGGAGAGUUCUGGGGAAGAAGGCAGAGUCCUUUAUUGACCCUUUAAUCUUCAAGGACUGAAAGGAUUAGGAAGGAUGAAAAGCCGAAAAGAUUUAAGUUGGGAUUAUUUGCCAAAAAUGUAUUUUUUGAUCUCAAAGGAACCCCCAAAAAUUAUUUUUAGUCCAAUCAUGUAGGAUUGUGUGCGCUCCUCAAAUGUAUAAUUCCGGUAGGGAACUAGAAUCAAGCCACAAAAGGAGAACAAUUAUUUAAUAAAAAAAAAGAUUAAAAAUG